AUGGGCUCUUGUCUUUCCGGGAAGAGAAAAACCAGAACGCGAGUAAUUUACAUUCCAAGAGGCAAAGUGACGAAGUACUGCGCUCAAUCUCGACGAAUGAACCAGCGAAGAACGGCUACGUGCGAGCAGAUCAUGCAGCAAGAAGGACUCACGCUUCGAUGUCUUUCAGAAUACUCGCUUUCUUACAGUGAUGGCUGGAGUUGGGUGGCGCUUCAUGAUCUCCUGAGUCCGGACAGAUUCGACGACCUUCCGGACAGAAGAUCUUGUUUUUCAGACGAAAAGUACAGCGACCCCGAUUACGACUACAUCGACGAUGGAUAUCGCAUGGGUGCGGGUCUUUUCUUUGCCAAAAAUUCAGAAAAGCAAAGAGAUCUCGCUAAAGACUCGUAUUUACGCGACGAAGCGAUCAUCGAAAACGACGAAAACGAUCCCUUCGACGAUGGCGCUCACGAUGUAAUCCACGAAAUUUCCUACGAGUACUGCUAA